AUGAGUGGAUUACGACUCCAAAAAAGAUUGGCCUCUAAAAUAUUGAAAUGUGGCAAGAAGAAAGUCUGGUUGGAUCCAAAUGAAAUAAAUGAGAUUUCAAGUGCUAAUUCUCGGCAAAACAUAAGACGACUUGUCAAAGACGGUUUGAUUAUUCGUAAGCCAGUGGCAGUUCAUUCGCGGUAUCGUGCACGUAAAAAUUUGGAAGCUCGGAGAAAGGGUCGUCAUAUGGGUCAUGGUAAAAGACGUGGUACGCAGAAUGCACGAAUGCCAGAAAAGAUUUUAUGGAUUCGUCGAAUGCGUGUUCUGCGCCAUCUUUUAAAGCGUUACCGUGAAGCAAAAAAAAUUGACAAGCAUCUAUACCACGAUCUUUAUCUUCGUGCCAAGGGCAAUGCUUUUAAGAAUAAACGUAAUUUAAUGGAAUAUAUUUUCAAGAAGAAGAGUGAGAAUACUCGUUCUAAACAAUUGGCGGAACAAGCAGAAGCGCGUCGAGCUAAGAACAAGGAAUCUAGAAAACGACGUGAACAGCGUCUAGCACAAAAAAGAGCAGAAGCUAUGCGCAAGAUUUCUGAAAAUGAAAAAGAGAGUGCAGUGAGCAAAGAAGCGAAAACGACAAAGGAUUCGAAAGUAUCGGAGAAGUGA